AUGCGCAGUAGUGUGAGUUAAAGAAGAUGUCAUUCGCCCGGAGACUGCUCGUAAGCGCUCCAAAAGCAGCGUCAUUUCACCUUCUCAACGUGCUGUCCUUGAGAUCAAGUGCAGCUUCUCUCACCUCUACCUCCUUUAACGCUGAACACCAGAACACAUCCAGUCCAGAUGCAGAAGUUCACCUCAGCCAGUCCUGUGUCAAGAGGCUCGGUGAGAUCAUGGAGAAAGGACAAUAUCUGAGAAUAGCAGUUGAGGGAGGAGGAUGUUCUGGAUUCCAGUAUAAAUUCUCUGUGGACAGUGUGAAAAAUGAAGAUGACAGAGUGUUUGAAAAGAACGGCGUGGGAAUAGUGGUGGACCAGGACAGUCUGGAGUUUGUGAAAGGAUCUACUGUUGACUUCAGUCAGGAGCUCAUCCGCUCUUCAUUUCAGGUGUUGAAGAAUCCUCAGGCUGAACACGGCUGCUCCUGCGGCUCCUCUUUCUCUGUAAAACUUUGACUCUUUUCCAGUCUGCAUAUCAGUUCAGAACACACAGCUUACAUGUCUGCUUAUUUACGGGAAGAGUUCACCCAAAGAUGAACGUUUACUCAUUAUUUACUCCCUCAUAUGGUUCAAAACCUUUUUGAGUUUCUUUAUUCUGUUCAACACAAAGUUAUUCUGAAGAAAGCUCUGACCAUUGAUAGGAAAAACAAAUACUAUGGAAGUCAAUGGUUGCAGAUUUCUCCAGAAUAUCUUCCUUUGUGUUUAACAUAAUAAUAAAGCUCUUGAAGGAUAAAUAAAUGAUGACAGAAUUUUCAGUUUUGAGUGAACUGUGCCUUUAAGAUCAGUCAGAAGUAUAAUAAUAUGAUAACCGGUAAAUGUUUCAACUAAUUACUACGGUAAAUGACAUUCAGUGUUGUUUUUAGUGUGCUGUACUGUAUGUAAGAAAGAUUGUAAAUAUAUUUCAAAAUAAAGUUAUAAGAUGAUAUGA